ACCGCAGUCAGUUGCCAACAAACAGCAGCAGAGUGGACACUGACGAAACAUUUCCCAUAAUGGACUCCGUCAUGGACUGGCACAACCUGGAGCACUUUUUUGACAAGUAUGUCUUAACUGAGACAAAACAGGAGGAGAUUAAAGAUGUAAUCAAAGAGCUUAUGAUCUGCUUGGAACAGAACAACACAGCUGAACAUAAUGAUAGGACUUUGGAUGUCUUGCCAAGCAACAGCACCAUUUCUAUUCCCCCUUCAGUUCCAGAAAAAUCUGUGGACCUCACAUUCAAACCACAGAUACAUAACGUCUUGUCUACAGCAAGGCUCGGCUGUAAAUUGGACCUAGACUUUAUAGCCAGAAACAAGUGGAACUGUGAGUACAACCCAAAGACUUUUCCAGCAAUCACCAUGAGAAUCCGCAAGCCAAGAUCCACAGCACGAUUGUUUAGAAACGGGACCCUUGUUUGUGCAGGAGCCAAGAGCAUCGACGAGUCUCACCGAGCAGUCAGGAAGUUCGCCAGAAUCGUGCAAAAGCUCAACUUCCCGGUCCGCCUUCUGAACUUUCAAAUCAAGAACAUUUUGAGCUGCGGCAAAUUCUUCCCAGUUCACUUAGCAGAUGUUCGACAAGCAUAUUGUAAAGAGUGCAGCUACCACCCGGAGAUGUUUCCAAGCCUCUUUUUUCGGGGGGUUCCUGGAACCACUGCCACCAUCUCUCCAAAUGGGUAUGUAAUUCUAAAUGGACCUCGAAAUACAGAAGAGCUCCAUAAAGCAUCAGAAGCCAUCUCCCUGAUCCUGAGCCCCUUCAGGAAGCAGUGAAAACCAGAGCUGCUCUAUUUUAAACUGUUUGUGAGAUGCAAACAAUUUUGAGUAAAACAAUAAAUCUCACUAAAUUGUUUAAGAGAGAAA